CCCAGAGUUCCCGUUGCCAUCGUCGCCAUCUUGUACAAUAAACGACGCCAAAGGUUCAGCUAUUGUGUUUACGAAUUUCCUACUGCUGUAAAUUGCUUAAAACAAUUUUUCCUACCAUGUGUGUGUUUUGAAGUAUGACAUUUGCAUAACCAAAAUGAGUACAACCACCGGUAAGAAGAAAAGUGGUGGUUUUUUAACACGCCAGGUAAAAUCAAGGGAUAAAACCAUUGACUCUGUCACGGAGGAAGAAUUACUAAAGAAAGACGCUGUAACCCCAGAGGAAGUCCUUCGACUAAAUAAAAUAACAGAAAAGUAUCUAUGUUCACCUGACGCAAACAUCUAUGGUAUCGACUUCACACGGUUCAAGCUGAGGGACAUGGAAUCUGGGGCCGUCUUGUUUGAAGUGGCAAAACCACCACCACCAGAGGAUGGGGAGUCGGAUACAGAACCUGAAGAUAUUGACCCUCAUGCUGGUAGAUUUGUAAGAUACCAGUUUACACCACAGUUUUUAAAGCUCAAGACAGUUGGAGCAACAGUUGAAUUUGUUGUUGGAGACAAACCAGUGAAUAAAUUCCGAAUGAUUGAGCGACAUUUUUUCCGAGAUAAACUACUGAAAAGUUUUGACUUUGAAUUCGGAUUUUGCAUUCCACAUAGCAGAAACACAGUCGAGCAUAUCUAUGAAUUUCCUGUUCUUACUCCAGAUGAAGUGGAGGACAUGAUUGCUCAUCCAUUUGAGACCCGAUCUGACAGCUUUUAUUUUGUGGAGGACAGGCUUAUAAUGCAUAACAAAGCCGACUAUGCCUACAACGGGGGGACAUAACUCUAGCUGGACUGGAGAACUCUUCUUCAUUCAUUAGGAACAUCAUGUCCAAUAGCAUAUAUUUUAAAAAAGACAUAUCGAUAUAUUUUGUGGCAUUCCACUUUGCAUAAUUAUUUCAUUGAUUGUAAACUGAAGUUAAACUUAAAAGUUCAAAAGAUUUUUGUGUGUUUGUUUGAGAUUAAUAAAAUAUUGUGAAUUACAAAGGAUUUAUGUAAAAUUGAAUGUUAGGUACACUGUAUCUACAUUUGUAAAUCCUGCAGUUUUGGUUGAUAUGGUAUUGUUUUAAGCGUGUUUCCUUUGAAUUACUGUAAGGUUAAGGCUUGCUAAAAUAUCAUAACUUUUCUGUGAAUGAACCCCAGGUUACUGAAAUCAUAACAUCCAUCGUUUGAUUGGGUAGCCGUACAACUGUAUUUUUAUUCUAUGAUUUAUAUAAAUGAACUUGUAAGAAGCAAAUUUUUUUUAGGAUUAAAAAAAUAUACAUUAUGUAUAUAGCCUUGCACCCAAGCCUUUAUUGGUAGAAUUGUUUAGCCUUGAAAAUCAUUCCAUAGGGACUUUGCCCUCUAAAUAUCCAUGAAGUGCAAUUGGAGCAAAUUUUUCAAUGUCUCGUUUAGUCAAAUCAUCUGAUUAUUUUAUAUUUAUGUGUAAUAUAACAUAUUGCAAGAAACCUUUUCUUAUCACGAAAUCUAGUCUGAAAUUUUCAAAAUUUUUAUCCUUGAUAUUGCAUGUCCAAAUAUCCUAUUUCAGGUUUGUUAUACACAAUUUACCUUUAAAGAUAAAAUAAGCUCACCAAUUUAGCACUUUACAGCCAAUUGUAGGGCAUUUGUAUACAUUUAUUUUUUCAGGAAAUCUAUUAAUUUUUAGGUUUUUCAGAAAUGCUCAAACAACCAUAUGAAGGAAACAGUUUGAAACUUUGACUAAAAACUAUGUAUAAAAUUUAGUGGUGAAGAGUCCUUCUUCAUAUUAAGACUCGCUCAUUGAAAGGGGUUACUAUAGAAUCUCUUUCUUGUUAAAAAUAUGACCCAGUUCUGACCUCAUUGCCAGACUUAAUCAAAGGUAGUCAAUUUUCUUUCUUUUUUUUCAAUUCAUAACAUUUGCUCUCCUAAAAUAGCAAGACGUUUUGUCUCUCAAAACAAGUCUCUUUGAUAAGAAAUUGUGAUAAACAUUCACCACCAAAAGUGAAAUCCUGUACCAAUUAAAGUACACUGUGUUUAAAUCUGUUUUGCAAAAUAUUUUUAUAAUAAUGAACACUGUGUAGAAGAUAAAAUAAAUAUGUAAAUAUUUUCUCUUAUUUAUAUGAUGUAUCUUAUUCCAGAAACAUUCCAUUGUGUCAUAUUAGAUAUUUUAUUAUAACUGACAACUUUGCAUGUAUGUAGCCAAGGAUUGGGUAUAUAUUGCAAAGUAUAAUUUAAUAUGUCACGUAUUCUGUCCUAAAGAUAUCCACAUUUAAUAAAGAUAUACUCAAAGAUGA